UACUUGUCUCCCGCGGGGCAGAAGGCGUGCCCGCCGCUGGCAUAGCCGCUAUGUAGCGGCGGGGCCGGUAUCCUCCUGGUUGUUGUGGAAGGUGCUUGGGCUCCACUGCCGUCGCAGCCCCUGGACGUCUAAGUCGCCAGCCUGGGCCCCUGUGGCUGAGCAGAGCCGCCGCCGCCAUGUUUGGCUGCUUGGUGGCGGGGAGGCUGCUGGGGAGCUGAAGCUCCGUCUAGAUCACUCGCCUAAACUCGCGGAGGGCGUGCGAUGUACAUGUGGCCUUUGAAUCUAGCCCGUGGCGUCCUGCUCAUCAAAGAUGAGGGUGCUCGGAGCUGGUGGAUCUGCUGGUUCCUUUUGGAAGGCGUCUAAUAAAAAUAUGCCGGAGCGAAUUGUGCAAACAGCUGCACAGCAAGUGGCUGAAGAUAAAUUCGUUUUUGACUUGCCUGACUAUGAAAAUAUCAACCAUGUUGUGGUUUUCAUGCUGGGAACAAUCCCAUUUCCUGAGGGGAUGGGAGGAUCUGUCUAUUUUUCCUAUCCUGAUUCCAGUGGAAUGCCAGUGUGGCAACUCUUAGGAUUUGUCACGAAUGGAAAACCAAGUGCCAUCUUCAAAAUUUCAGGUCUUAAAUCUGGAGAAGGAAGCCAACACCCUUUUGGAGCCAUGAAUAUUGUCCGAACUCCAUCUGUUGCUCAGAUUGGAAUUUCAGUGGAAUUAUUGGACACUUUGGCUCAGCAGACUCCUGUAGGUAAUGCUGCUGUAUCCUCAGUUGACUCAUUCACUCAGUUCACACAAAAGAUGUUGGACAACUUCUACAAUUUCGCUUCGUCAUUUGCUAUCUCUCAGGCCCAGAUGACCCCAAAUCCAUCAGAAAUGUUCAUUCCAGCAAAUGUGGUUCUGAAAUGGUAUGAAAACUUUCAAAGACGACUAGCACAGAACCCUCUCUUUUGGAAAACAUAAUUUGAAUAAAAUAAUUUUUAAUGGA